AUGGGGCAGGCGUGCGGCCACUCCAUCCUGUGCCGGAGCCAGCAGUGCCCGGCGCGGCCCGGGGAGCCCGAGCCGCGGGGCCAGCAGGUCUUCCUGAAACCGGACGAAGAGCCGCCGCCGCCACCGCCGCAGCAGCAGCCUUGCGCUGACACCCUGCAGGAAGCCCUGCUGAAUUUGGGCUCUGUUAUUGAUGUCUCCAGUCUUCAUGAUGUCAUCAAAGAAGCCAUCUCUGCUGUGCUCCCCAAAGUGGAAACUGUCUACACUUACCUGCUUGAUGGAGAAUCCCGGCUAGUGUGUGCAGACCCCCCGCAUGACCUACCCCAGGAGGGGAAAGUCCGAGAUGCCGUCCAGGCCUGGGAGCGGCUGAGCUGCAGUGGGCUGGGCCCCUCAGACUUGCCAGAGAAAGCAUUGACGGGUCUCACUGCCCCACUGGCUGCUGACAGACAAGUGCUGGUAGUCCCAUUGGUGGACAAGGAAGCUGGAGGCGUUGUGGCCACCAUCCUGGUACACUGUGCUCAACUCAGUGAGGGGGAUGAGCAGAGCCUGCAGGCCAUUGAGAAGCAUACACUGGUGGCCCUGAAGAGGCUGCGGACCCUGCAGCAGCGUCAGCCCCGCCCUCGGCCGGUGCCAGAGCCCUCUUCCCCGCCCACCUCGCUAGCCCGGCCAGAUGGGGCAGUGCCCAUCGGGACGGGUGGCUACAGUGACCUGGACAGCCGGAUUCUGCAGCUGUGUGGGGAACUCUAUGACCUGGACGCCUCUUCCCUUCAGCUCAAAGUACUCCAUUAUCUGCAGCAGGAGACUGAGUCCUCAACCUGCUGCCUCCUUCUGGUUUCAGAGGAUAACCUUCAGCUCUCCUGCCAGGUCAUCGGGGACAAAGUGCUUGGAGAAGAAGUCAGUUUUCCGAUGACCGUGGGGCACCUGGGCCAGGUGGUGAAGAACAAGGAAUCCAUCACACUGAAGGACCUCACUUCAGAAGAGGUAACACAGCUGCAGAACCUCGUGGGAUGUGAACUGCAAUCCAUGCUCUGCGUCCCUGUCAUCAGUCGGGCUACAAAUCAGGUGGUCGCCUUAGCUUGCACCUUCAACAAGCAGGGAGGAGAGACGUACACAGAUUGGGAUGAGCACAAGAUCCUCCACUGUUUCUGCUACACGGCAACUGUGCUGACCAGCACCUUGGCCUUCCAGAAAGAGCAGAAGCUCAAGUGCGAGUGCCAGGCUCUCCUCCAAGUGGCAAAGAACCUCUUCACACACUUGGAUGACGUAUCUGUCCUGCUCCAAGAAAUCAUCACAGAAGCCCGGAACCUCAGCAAUGCAGAGAUCUGCUCCGUGUUCCUAUUGGAUCAGAAUGAGCUGGUGGCCAAGGUGUUUGACGGCGGCGUUGUAGAUGAUGAGAGCUACGAGAUCCGCAUCCCCGCUGACCAAGGCAUCGCAGGUCAUGUGGCCACCACAGGCCAGAUCCUGAACAUCCCAGAUGCCUAUGCGCAUCCCCUGUUCUAUCGAGGUGUGGACGACAGCACGGGCUUCCGCACCCGCAACAUACUCUGCUUCCCUAUCAAGAAUGAAAACCAAGAGGUGAUCGGUGUGGCCGAGCUGGUGAACAAGAUCAACGGCCCUUGGUUCAGCAAGUUUGAUGAGGACCUGGCCACAGCCUUUUCCAUUUACUGUGGUAUCAGCAUCGCUCAUUCUCUCCUAUACAAGAAAGUGAAUGAAGCCCAGUAUCGGAGCCACUUGGCCAAUGAGAUGAUGAUGUAUCACAUGAAGGUCUCAGAUGAUGAAUACAACAAACUCCUUGGAGAUGGUAUCCAGCCUGUCUCAGCCAUUGACUCCAACUUUGCCAGUUUCACCUACACCCCCCGCUCUCUCCCUGAGGAUGACACCUCCAUGGCUGUCCUGAGUAUGCUCCAGGACAUGAACUUUAUCAACAACUACAAGAUUGACCGACAGACACUGGUCCGGUUCUGCCUGAUGGUGAAGAAGGGCUACCGAGACCCUCCCUAUCAUAACUGGAUGCACGCCUUCUCAGUCUCCCACUUUUGCUACCUGCUCUAUAAGAACCUGGAGCUGUCCAAAUAUCUGGAUGACAUCGAGAUCUUCGCCUUGUUCGUCUCCUGCAUGUGUCAUGAUCUAGACCACAGAGGCACCAACAACUCCUUCCAGGUGGCUUCGAAAUCCGUUCUGGCCGCACUGUACAGCUCCGAAGGCUCCGUCAUGGAGAGACACCACUUUGCUCAGGCAAUUGCCAUCCUCAACACUCAAGGCUGCAACAUCUUUGAUCACUUCUCCCGGAAGGACUACCAGCGGAUGCUGGAUCUGAUGAGAGACAUCAUCUUGGCUACUGACCUGGCUCACCACCUGCGCAUCUUCAAAGAUCUUCAGAAGAUGGCUGAAGUGGGUUAUGACCCAAAGAAUAAACAACACCACAGCCUCUUGCUCUGCCUGCUCAUGACCUCCUGUGACCUCUCAGACCAGACCAAGGGCUGGAAGACCACUCGGAAGAUUGCGGAGCUGAUCUACAAAGAGUUCUUCUCACAGGGAGACCUGGAGAAGGCCAUGGGUAACCGGCCCAUGGAGAUGAUGGACCGAGAGAAGGCUUACAUCCCUGAGCUGCAGAUCAGCUUCAUGGAGCACAUCGCUAUGCCAAUCUACAAGUUGCUGCAGGAGUUGUUCCCCAGAGCUGCGGAACUGUAUGAGCGGGUGGCCACCAACCGGGAACAGUGGACCAAGGUGUCCCAUAAAUUCACCAUCCGAGGCCUGCCCAGCAACAAUUCCCUGGACUUCCUGGAUGAGGAAUAUGACAUUCAGGAGCCUAGUGACGAUGGCGACAAGGUCAAUGGGUGCUGCAAGCUGGACACGGAAGAGUGAGAGGGACUCUCCCCUUCCCUCUGGGGGCAGGGAAGGGAAGAGCAAGAGAAAGGACAUUCCUGCCUCCCCUUCCCCCCUUUUAAAAACUCGUCCUUAGCUUCUGGCUUGGACGGUCAUGUUUAUUUAAGAUGUUCUAGAUGCCAUUCCCCUCUUCCCCUCCACCCCCAGCCAGGAGCUGAGGGAGCCUUGGGGUGACAUGGCACCAGCCCUUGGGUUCCCUCUCUCUGGAGGAGCCUUGGAUCCUGCCUGCCCCUCUCAGUGGAUCUCUGUAAUGCUCCCUUUCUCCAGACUCAUACUCAUGAUUCACUUGAUCCCUCAGGGCAGCCUGGGUGAUUUCUCCAACAUUCCCCCAGUUAGCUCUAUUGGCUUGGGGCUCGUCCUGCAUCUCUGGGGAUUUGAGAGGGAGGCUUGUGGUCUUUGUGGAUCUGACCUUCCAAGGGUUGAGUGAGCCGUGGUGGAGGGGUGAGGAGCAGGGAGAAGAGGAGGAAGGAAUCAACUUUAAAUUAUCAUUGACUUGGAUGGUGACAAGUAAAGAUCAGGAGGACAGAGCUGAUUCUCCUGUCCAACUCCUUUAUUUUAUAGAAGAGGAAACUGAGGUUCUGAGUGGAGAAGGAACUUGUCUAAAGUCACAAAGGGGGUUAGGUGUCAGGACUGGGAUUUGAGCCCAGGGCCCCUGACUCCCAGGUUCAGGUUCUUUCCGCUGCACCAUGCUUUGUCCCACAUGUGGGACAAGACUAGCAUGAAUAUGGUAAGAAGCCCUUUUUAGUUAGUGUCUAAGGGUUACAGAGCCCUUUCUGCACCACCACCCUAUGAGGCAGGUCAGGAAAGUAAAAUUACCCCCUUUUUAUAGAUGAAGAGACUGAGGCUCCUCAAAGUUAAGUGACCUGUCUGGCUCCUAAGCCUGAGGGAGGAUUUGAACUUGGAUCCCUCCUGACUCUUGAGUUCAUUGCUCUUUCUGGGGCAUCUCACUCCCCCUUGUGAAGACAGGGAGUCAGGUUCUAGACCUCUUCCUCCAUCUGUCCUCAGCUGUGUCUCUGUGGGCAACCCUGAUGCUGCUCUAAUGAAGCAGCUCUCUGAACCUGUUCCCUACCCUGGAGGUUAGGGGGGAGGCCUAGCCAUCCCCAAGGAGGGCAAACCCUCCCGCCAUCCAGGCGUAGGGUGUGACAACAGAGCAGGCCCAUUCCCCGCUUGUCCAGCGAACACAAGGGAGGCAAUUUAUCCUGGCUAGGAGCAGGGUGGAGGAUUGCGUGUCCUUCUCCUCCCUCCUCUCCCUCCAGAGGGCUUUAGCUUGGGAUUCAGAGAGACAGAAGGAUUCCUAGUAGUGAGAAGGGCACUGAAUGGGGAGUUAAGUGACCUAGGUUCUGGAUGGAUCAUGAGAUCAUAGACUUAGAGGUGGAAGUUUCCCUACCUAUAAAGUGAGGCAGUGGGGGGUGGGGGGAAGAGGGUUGGACUUGGUGGUGUCUCAGACCCAGGCAGGAGGCGUCCUCACACUUUGACAGCUUUCCCAGAGAUGGCAGCUUGCCCUAGUGGAUCCCAGGGACCAGGGCACAGCCCCAUCACACCGGGAGUCUAAGUACAGCCCCCUGGCCAGUGAGUUGGAGGAGCCCUGGACCUUCAGCCCUUCUUCACUCUCAUCCCCCAGACAGAUCGUUAGCUUCUCAGGCCUGGGAUCUCCAUCCCUUUCUUGCAGCCAUCCAGAGAGAGGGACCCAGUCCUUGAGCCCCUCUGGGCCUUGCUGCAUAGCUGGGGCUGAAGCCCCAGCUAGGACUGGACUCUUCUCUGUGCUGAAGGCCAUAUGCCCUCCCUUCCCCUCUCCCCCUCUGGCCACUGCCCCAGGGCCUGGGGAGAUGCCAUAGGAAACAAGGACUGGGCACUGCCACCCCUAUCCCCAUUUCUCUCUUUUUCUGUCUUGUCUCUGUCAGUGUCUCUGAGUGGGUGUUGUUGGGGCGGGGGCAGAGCUGGGCAGGGAGG